CCCGGGGCAGGCAGGCAGGGCCAGCCCUCGCCUCACGGCACAUGGCAGCGGAGCGCUCGGCCGCGCCGCAGGUUAGCUAGGGCCGGGCUCCGGCCAGCGCAUCCAGGCUCUCUAGGUCCGCCGAGUUACCGCAGGGAUUAAAAUGCAGCUGGCCGCCUGCUUCUUUCUGGGCUGCGGCAUAAUCUUAGCUUCAGGAUACAACUCCUUCAGUAAGAGCAUGGAGACGAUAGGCAAGAAGCAGUACCAGGUUCAGCACGGGUCGUGCAGCUACACCUUCCUCCUGCCCGAGGCGGACAACUGCCGCUCCUCCAGCCCGUACGUGUCCAACGCGGUGCAAAGGGAUGCACCUCUGGACUAUGAUGAUUCAGUUCAAAGACUGCAGCUACUUGAGAACAUCAUGGAAAACAACACGCAGUGGCUAAUGAAGCUUGAGAAUUACAUCCAAGACAGUAUGAAGAAAGAAAUGGUAGAGAUCCAGCAAACUGCAGUGCAGAACCAGACUGCAGUAAUGAUUGAAAUAGGCACAAACUUGCUAAAUCAAACAGCUGAACAGACCCGCAAAUUAACAGAUGUUGAAGCACAAGUAUUAAACCAGACAACCCGACUUGAACUUCAGCUUUUGGAACACUCUCUUUCAACAAACAAACUAGAAAGACAGAUUUCAGAUCAGACCAAUGAGAUAACUAAAUUACAAGAAAAAAACAGCUUUUUAGAAAAAAGAGUUCUUGAGAUGGAAGACAAGCAUAUGCUUCAGCUGAAGUCAAUAAAAGAUGAAAAAGAUCAGCUUCAAGUCCUAGUAACCAGACAGAAUUCUAUUAUAGAAGAACUAGAAAAACAGCUAGUUACAGCUACAGUAAACAACUCAGUUCUGCAAAAACAGCAACAUGAUCUGAUGGAGACGGUUCAUAGCUUGCUUACUAUGAUAUCGACACCAAACUCUAAGAGCAAAUUCAUAGCCAAAGAAGAGCAAAUCAGCUUCAAAGACUGUGCUGAAGCUUUCAAAUCUGGACUGACAACAAGUGGAAUCUACACUUUAACAGUUUCAAAUACUGCACAAGAGAAGAAGGCCUACUGUGACAUGGAAACUGGUGGAGGAGGUUGGACAGUUAUUCAGAAACGAGAAGAUGGCAGUGUGGACUUCCACCGGACAUGGAAGGAGUAUAAGAUGGGAUUUGGUGAUCCUGCUGGGGAGUACUGGUUGGGAAAUGAAUUUGUUUCUCAACUGACUAAUCAGAAGCGUUAUGUUCUUAAAAUACAACUGAAAGACUGGGAAGGAAAUGAGGCAUAUUCAUUGUAUGACCACUUCUCUCUAGCAAGUGAAGAACAAAAAUACAGGAUUUACCUUAAAGGACUUACUGGGACAGCAGGCAAAAUAAGUAGUAUAAGCCAACCAGGAAAUGAUUUUAGCACAAAGGAUGCAGACAAUGACAAAUGUAUUUGCAAAUGUUCACAAAUGCUAACAGGAGGAUGGUGGUUUGACGCAUGUGGUCCUUCUAACCUCAAUGGAAUGUAUUAUCCAUUACGACAGAACAACAACAAGUUUAAUGGGAUCAAGUGGUACUACUGGAAGGGCUCGGGAUACUCUCUCAAAGCUACGACGAUGAUGAUUCGACCAGCAGAUUUCUAAAUGCUUUGUCAUUGUGUGAAUUAUGUUUUGUAUAGUCUUCAAAGACUUAUUUUACCAAGCAACUUGUCUCAUUUUUUCAAGCCCAGAAACAUGCACUAGUGUUCUGAAGGGGUCAGUACAGUACAGUUCCUGAAUUGCAAUUGUCUUGAUCAGCUAAAGCUCAUAUUAUUCAACCAGACACAAUGUCUAAAGCAUUGACCUGGUAUAACAGUGAUUUGGCCAAAUGACUCAAUAAAAAGAACAUCCAAGAAACCGUCAGACAACUUCAA